CCCGUCUUGAAUUGUGAGGUGCUGUCCUGUCCCUUGAAGGGGGAUUUCCCGCUUCCUUUCUCGUGUUCUUACACAUCUCCCCCUGAAAGGGAAAAAUCUCUUCUCGGCGUAAAACAAUCGCUUUGAAGUGUUUAUCUCUCUCUCGCACUCAUUAGGAUUAGGCUAAACUGGUACACCGAUGAUAACGUUUGGCAGAUAGUAACAUGGAACGUUCUUGGGGAGAACAGUACAGCAUGAAGAAAGAUAGGGACUUAUAGAAGGGAUGGAUGUUUAGGCUUGAGAGGGGAAUGAUGGGAAGGCCACUGAUAGUAAGUCUAUGAACAAAUGAGCUCAUACGUGUUAAUGGGAAGAGAGUAAUCCCCACUCCACUGAAAAGCUUGAUCCCUGGAGGUUAUCCUUUUCCAAGAUUAAAGGAUAUGUGCUUGUGAUAUUGGGAACUUUUCAUCGGCAUUUGCGAUUUCCCUGAAAGUGCUUUUCAUUCACUCAAGACACCAUCAUCAUAUCCCUUAGGCUGUCAGGAUCACAUGGAUAUUAGAAGAUUCCUGACAAAAGCUGGUCCUUGUGCCAACCAUAGGGACACUGAAGAGAAGAAAUCACCUGGAGGAGGGAAAACAGCUGGCAAGAAGAGGAGGAUUGUUGACUCAGAUUCUGACUUUGAGAAUGAUGAAGAUCCCAUUCCACCAAAACUUAGAAGUGAAGGGAAGAAGAGAGAGAGUCCUCGAAAAAAGAAGGAGGAAGUGGCCUCCCUCACUCCAGUGUCCAUAUCUCAGUACUUCUCUUCAUCGACUGCUGUUCCAUCAUGUUCACCUAUAAAGAAGAGUGUAAAUGGGAAGGCAGACACACCCAAAAAGAUCAAGGAACCAUCCAGAUGUUCACCUCGAAAGCCCAUUGCUAGUGUUGCUGAUGUAUCGUGCCCAUCCUCUGCCAAGAAACAUGUGAUAAAGAAGGAAAAGGAGCAAGGGGAAACUCUCAAGCCAGAACCCACUCUUAGGAGUUCCCCUCGGAAGGCUGCAGUUGUCAUGUCAACUCAGUUGUCACCCCAGCCACAAAAAGCCAAGGUAGAAGAAAGUCCUGCCCGUGCUGAAGGCAAGGGGAAGAAGAUGAAAUUGGAGGGUUCAAAGGAGCAAGAAAUGGAAGUGGAUGAAGAGACAAGAAGGAAAAAGGAAGAACAGAGAAACAGCUACCUGCAGUACCUACACCGUGGGGGUCCUGCACAUCCAGGCAGCAAAACCAUUCCUGAGGCCAGUUCUCUUUUCCUCUUUUCAAGCAUUCUUGCCUCUGUCUAUGAAGCAUCUCUUCUUGGUGAAGAGGGAUGCCUGGAAGGAGUAACAUUUGUUGUGACUGGGGUGCUUGAUAGCCUUGGUAGGGAAGAGUCUGAAGACUUGAUCAAGCAAUAUGGUGGGAAAGUGACUCACUCUGUCAGCAAGAACACCACUUACCUUCUUGUUGGAAAUGAUCCUGGACCCAAAAAAAUUGAAAAGGCUGAGAAGCUUGGCACAAAGGUGCUUGAUGAAGAUGGAUUACUUGAGCUCAUUCGGACCCAUCCAGGGAAGAAUAAGGAUACCAGUACCCAGAAUGUUGAUAAGAAACAAUAUGCAAAAAAAACACAUGAAAAGCACAAAUUAGAAAGUAAGACUGAAGUGCCUCCAGUUAAAAGGGCCAAAAUUGAGGCACCACAGAUGAAAGAAAGCCCCAAGACACCCAAAGAGGAGCCAUCAAUAUCCAAAGCAGCAGAUUCAGAUAUUUCUGGUGAAACAGAAAUGUGGAGGAGUGGGAGUUUUUGUGAUGCAGGUCCAUGGGCACGAGGAGAUGAUGGUGCAUACCACAAGGCAGCUCUUCUUUCUGGUCCACCUGGUGUGGGAAAGACAACAGUAGCCUUGUUGGCUUGCAAGGAGCUGGGCUUCCAUGCAGUGGAGCUGAAUGCAUCAGACACUCGAAGCAAGCGUCUCCUUCAUGAUAACCUUCUUGAGGGACUUCAAAAUAUGAGCAUCUCCUCUAAAGGUUUGUGGCUUGACUUGAGGAGUGGCAUGACUGAAAGCCAUGUUCUCAUAAUGGAUGAAGUGGAUGGGAUGGCUGGUAAUGAAGAUCGAGGGGGUAUUGCUGAACUUAUCUCCCUCAUCAAGACCUCACGUGUCCCAAUCAUCUGCUUAGCCAAUGAUCGCAAUCAUCCCAAGAUCAGGAGCCUGGCCAACCACUGUUAUGAUCUGCGAUUCUCAAAGCCCCGAGUGGAGCAGAUCCGAGGAGCCAUGAUGAGUAUUUGUUUCAAGGAGGGGCUACAAGUGAAGCCUCAGGCCCUUGAUGAAAUCAUCCUGGGGACCAAUCAGGACCUAAGGCAGAUUCUGCAUCACCUCAGUUUAUGGUCUGCAGGGGAAAAGAAGAGCUUGUUUCUGGAGGAUGUCAAGGCUGAAGCCAAUAAAUCCAAGAAGGACCUUAACCAUGCUAUGAUUGAUACCAUCGAUGGGUUAUUUUUAUCCUACCAGGGUCCAUGGGAUGUGGUGAAGUCUGUAUUCAGCCCAGAAGAACACAAGGACAAGAGCAUAAAUGAUAAGGCUGCCCUUUUCUUCCAGGAUUACAGUCUUGGACCUCUCUUUGUUCAUGAAAACUACCUCAAUGUCAAUCCCAUUGCAGCCAAAGGCAAUGUGAAGAAGGCACUGGGCCUUGUGAGUGAAACUGCAGAUUCUCUAUGCCUCUCUGAUCUUGUCAAGAAGACCAUUCGUUCACAAAAUGCCUGGUCUCUUCUACCAGCUCAGGCUAUAUAUGCAAGUGUACUUCCUGGAGAGCUGAUGGAGGGACACUUCAGGGCACAAAUAAAUUUCCCGGCUUGGUUCGGGAAGAAUUCUCGACGUGGGAAGAUGAGUCGUCUCAUUCAGGAGCUCCAUGCUCACAUGAGACUCAGGAUAUCAGGUGGAAGGCAGGCAGUAAACCUUGACUAUGCAGAGAAGCUGAAGGAAGCAAUAGCAGAGCCUCUGGUUAACCAUGGACAGGAGGGAAUUCAAGAAACCCUGAAUUUCCUUGAGGAAUAUUCUUUGUUGCGUGAGGAUCUUGAGUCCCUUGCAGAAAUCACAACAUGGCCUGGGUCCCAUAACCCUGAUCCCUUCUCGAAAGUUGACUCUAAGGUGAAGGCAAGUUUCACUCGUGCAUAUAACAAGUCAGGAAGACUGAAUCCCUUUGCAAUGGAGGGGAAGAAGAAGACAAAAAGAGUACCAGAAUUCAGUUCUGAAGAUGGGAUGGAGGAGGAUGAAGCUUUAGAGGAGGAGGAAGAUGAAGAAGAUGAAGAUCUUCCACCUACUAUCAAGGUGAAAGGAGGAAGAGGUGGAGGUAAGAAGCCUGAGUCUCAGGUAAAAGGAAGAGGAGGAGGAAAGAAGUCUGAGACCGGAGAACUGAAGGCUGGGCCUUCCAGCAGUGGGGAGAAAAGCAGGGGAAGGGGACGGGGACGUGGACGCAUGCAAUAGUGAUUUCCAUCCCUUUUUGUUUCUCUUAAUUUUUAUUUUUCUCCUUUUCACUGCAUGAUUCUGAAAUACAGGGCAG